AUGUUCAGUCGACGCUUCGAACCCCCUCAAACAGCGAACAAGAGCUUUUCGAAAAGCCACAAGGCAUCCAAGUCCAGCUCGUCAUUCAGCAAAUCCAGCGGCGUUUCGAAACAUCGUCAUGAGUCCCGCCACAGCCGCCGGCCGACGACCGCCACCACCUCAAGCACAGCAACUGAGGACACAUCGAUGAGCAACAACCUCACCUCCGCUAUUGUAACCCUCGUCGUCGGCACCGAACAGCGGCUCUUCGCUGCCCACGAAGAUGUUCUUUGCGCUUCUCCCUUUUUUCAGCAUGCUCUCCGCGGCAUUUAUUCCCCCGACUGUGGCGCCGCGGCCAAGCGCGUCGCCCUUCCCGACGAGGAGCCUGAGAUAUUCUCUUCAGUGCUCGAGUAUCUCUACAAGGGUGACUACUACCCGCGCCUUGUGCACAACAAGCGCCGCAACUCCUGGGAGAUUGAGGCGCUCAACGCAGACAACGGUCGCGGCGGCGUCGAAUCGACGGUGUAUCAUCACGGCGUCGACGGUGAAUUGCUCAAGGACACCGUCAUCUAUUGUGCCGCAGAGAAGUACGGACUCGACGAGUUGAAGCGGGUUUCUUUGCGGAAGCAAGGUCUUCAAUCCGGUAUCCAGUGCAGCACGAUUCUGGCUUCGGCCCGGUACGCCUAUGCAAACACCCCCGAUAGCGAUUCCAAGCUGCGGGCUCACUACCUCGCCCUCAUCAUCCGCAGCCGGAGCACCUUCAAACGCAGCGGCACCAUGCAGCUUGAGAUGUACAACGGCGGCACCCAGCUCUUCUUCGACCUCUUUGUCGCCCUCUGCAACCAUGUCGACGAUAUUUCGACUGUGUAA